AAAUGGCGUCUGGUUACCUAGUGCUCGGUCUAUUUUAGCUAUCUGAUAUAUAGCUAGCUAUAUUCAAUAACCUUUGACUGAAUAGAAGUGCAUUUUCAGUAGAAUAAAUAACGUAAUUGUUAUAUAUUUCAAAAUGUCUGACUCGGAAGAGGACAGUCAAGAUAAGCAACUUAAAAUUGUAGUCAUCGGAGACGGCGCAUCGGGGAAGACGUCACUCGCCACCAGGUUUGCCCAGGAGGCCUUUGGGAAACAAUACAAACAAACCAUUGGCCUUGAUUUCUUUCUGAAGAGAAUAACUCUGCCAGGCAACUUGAAUGUUACUUUGCAAGUGUGGGAUAUUGGAGGUCAAUCGAUCGGAGGGAAAAUGCUGGAUAAAUAUGUCUACGGGGCUCAGGGUGUUCUUCUAGUGUACGACAUUACAAACUACCAGAGCUUUGAGAAUCUGGAGGACUGGUACGGCAUGGUCAAGAAGGCCAAUGAAGAGUCAGACGUCCAGCCUGUGGUCUCACUGGUGGGAAACAAAAUUGACCUGGAGCAUAUGAGGACAGUGAAGGCUGACAAGCACCAGCGUUUCUGCCAAGACAACAGCCUCAUCAGUCAGUUCGUAUCAGCCAAGACUGGAGACUCAGUGUUCCUGGCAUUCCAGAGAGUGGCUGCAGAGAUUCUGGGGGUGAAGCUCAACAAAGCAGAGAUUGAGCAGUCCCAGGUGAGUCUUCAUGAGACCUUUCUCUUGCGUUUCCCAGAGAGAAUUAUAUAGCAGCCCCUCGAGUCAUGUCGCCAUUUUUUGGAUGGUUUCUUAUAACCACACGCCUGUACACAAGGUCAAACAGAGUGUGCCAGGUCACGAGUUCACCGCACACUGUCUAGGACUCUUGUUACUCCUGUGAUGCUGUAUCUGUGACUGACACGGUCCAUCUGUAAAUACAGCCAUGUUGUUGAAGUUAGAGCCCAAUAGUGCGUGAAGCGAGAGGUCAAGAGGUUGGCAGUGUAGGGUUGGAAGGUUUGGCUGCAUCUCCUGAUUUAUUGUGUUUCUCUCCCGCCGAUGUGAGCUGAACGGGGCUCGGCCUCUAUCGACCAGCCAGACCAGGUGGCCCUGUCACUGGUGGCCGCGGUGGGAUUACGCACGGCAUCUCCCCCAGAGGCAUUCAUCCUGGCUGUGAUAUGACUGGCUGGUGCCGCGCUGGCUAGAGAGCGGCUGAUGAGGCUGACUCUAUGGGGAGGUCAGUACCCCCAGAGAAGGGAGAGCACCAAGGGAGCGAAGGCUAGGAGACGACUCUC